AUGUGGUCUACAUUAAAGAGAAGUCGCACUCUCUCGCCAAACCGCAACACUGCCGCUCUGCAGCCUGGAGUCGAGGAGAUAGCCGCAUUCGUGGACGACAGCGUCUUCACUCAGUUGAGCGCGAAACUGGGGGACGCGAAGGAAGGCAACGAGGGAGCACUGGAGAAGAAACCUCUUCGCAUCGAUGAGUAUUUGAAAAAAUAUCGCGACGCGGGACUCCGGGUCUCUCAGAAAGAAUUUAAGGGAUACUUGGAGGUGAAGAUUGGGAUCGUAUACGAGCACCCAGACGUGACGUUUGUUCCCGAAGACAACCCCCUCAUCACCAAGCCUGGUGAAGACGAAAUGAUUCGACUCUCGGAUGCGUUCACUAAAGUCACGUACGUCGGCAAGGCCCAAGACGACCUCGCAGAAUACCUGCGGGACUGCUGGAAAGAGUACAACCCUGCAAAGUACAAGGCGCCAUGUGUGGCGGUUGUGCAGAGUUCCGGCUUCGGCAAGAGUCGGACAGUGCGUGAACUCGCGAUUGAGGCUCAAAAGAGCGCCUUGAACAUGAAAGUCCUGUACAUGUGUGCCCGUGUGCACGAGUCGACGGGGUUUCCCAAGGCUACGAGCGAGCUUCGUGGUUGGCUGUUUCAAGAAGGCUCCAAAGUGGAAGACAUCGCCAGUCGAUUGAAGACAAUUUACGUCUACGCGAACAAGCAUUGGGCGGACGUUCAGAAGGAAUGGCUGAAGCUGUUUACCGAACAGGCAGCGGACACCUCUGUAAAGGCGAAACUUUCGGAUGAAACAGAUACGCUGGAGGGGGAUACCUCUACUGAGAAGAAUCCAAAUGGCAGAAUCGUGGUUCUGGUGAUCGAUGAAGCGAGAAGUCUGCUGGCUGAGAAGGGAGGCAAGAAGAAUGACUUCCGAAUGUUGCGAAAUGCUCUCAGAUCCGUGAACAAAAAUAUCGGCCAUCGUGGAUGCAUUUUCGGCGUGCUGAUUGAUACGAACUCCAGGAUCUCGGACCGGGCGCCUCCGCUGUUGUUGGACCCAUCAUCUCGGCUUUUCGAUGGAGAGCUGGCAUCAUUUGCGCGUGUUGUGUUAGCUGAAACAAUGGAUGCACACUGGGAUCGAUACUGUGAAGAAAACCCAGCCGGUGAAGAUGAAGAAACGAAAGAGGAAACCCAAGUUGCGGUGGGAGCUGAAGACGAAGAGAAAAAGAAACAGCAAGAACGUGCUAAGAUAGCUAUGUACAAGAGAAUCGUUACCGGGGAUGCGAGUCAAGCUUGGCACGCGUUGUGCCGCAUGGGGCGUCCGAUGUGGUACAGCACUUGCCCCAAUCCUGCGGAUAGAGAAGAUGUGAUCAAUCUUGCGGCGAACAAGCUGCUACUGGGGAUUCCCCCUUCGCAAAAUGCGUACAACAAGGAUACCAUGUUUGGUGUCGCCUCCAUGCUUUGCCGUCUGGGCGUGCGCCCGCAUUCAACGUCGGCUCUGGCAUCUCGGUCGACUGCCGACUUCAUGGCGAUUCUCGCCUAUGUGAAUUUCAAACGAGAGGGUUACGUCACCAGCUACGCUUCGGACCCAGUGCUCGCCUUAGGAGCGAUGAAAGUGUGGUAUGAACUGAAAUAUGGUCUGGCAAAGUAUAUCCUGCCGCAACUCAAGAACCUCCUUUUGGAUGAAGCAUUAGACACCGGUGGAGUUGGCGAAAUUGGCGAGAUGGUUGCUCGGAUUUUGCUGCUUCUGGCGAUGGACACGUGUGUGAUGGGGGACAAAAGCUUUUCCCAGUGCUACCACACGAUCGGUCAAUUUGUACCGGUGCAGCAAUUCUUGAAGGUGCUACAAGGCAAGAAAAAGCUGCCGAUAUAUCUCGAGAGGAUGAUCAGCAAGGAGAAUUUGAGACCAGAAUUCAACAAGUGGUGCUCGAAGUGGGAUGGUUGGUACAUGGGGUUCACCCACUUUGUGCAGUUGCAGCUUGAGCCGAAUGAAGACACGCUUUGGUUUUUGCUGGGACGUCAAGCUGCAGGUAUUUCCCCCCGUAACCAGUAUGGAGCCGAUUUGUUGAUCCCGAUGUUUAAGAAGAGAUCCAACAGCAGGCCAGUCGGUGGGGAGACUACGAGGGGUGAGCAGGAGGGGCAUGAGGUGUUGAUGAUGUUGAUUCAAAACAGUGAUGGGAACUCGUCAGCAGGGAAAUCUACCGGUGAAAUUGGUGGGGAUCCGAAACCGCUGAGCUCCACGGAUGUCCGUGAUACCAUUCGCAUCUACAUGAAUGUGCGCGGUAGAAAGAGUGACGGCAAGUUCAUCUAUGCCACGACAAUGAAAGACAAUCUUAAGCCCAAGAAGAAAGGCAACGCCUCUGAGGUGAAGGAGGAGAGUCAGACGAUCGGGAGUCAGGCGAAGAAGCGGGCGAAGAUCGAGAGCAAUCCUGGCGUCUUAAGUGUGUCGAGUGUCUCGGAGGAGGAUCCUGUUUUCACGAUCUGCCUCCGUUUACUCAACAGGGCCACCUACCCGUUCCUGAGCGACGGCGUGGCUUCCAUGCUAUCAAACAUGGUGGAGUCUCAGUAUGACCCGCUGGGGCUUGUGGAGGGCGACCUGGACUAUCGCGAUGAAGAUGAAAAACGAAACAAGGACGUUAGUUCGUAUGCGAAGUUGUCGCUUACCGCGACGCGCGACAAGCUGUUGCAGAGCGCCCGUAAGGCACUAGCGUACGCGCCGGGUCAGAAGAAGACUAACCAUGAGAGCGACGUCGGUGAUACUAGCGAGGGUGUCAGUAAGGGCGAUCAAGGUGGCGAGACGGAAACAUCCAAGAAACGAGCACGUGAAAACCAAGAGGGUGAAGAAGGCCGUCCCACUAAACGCGCCAAGUGA